AUGACGAAGCUUCACUAUUUGGAAUUGAAUGAUAACCUUUUAAGUGGACAAAUCCCGCCUGAGCUUGGAAAGCUUACUGAUCUGUUUGACUUAAAUGUUGCCAAUAACAACCUUGAGGGUCCAAUUCCCGAGAAUCUCGGCUCAUGUAAAAACCUCAACAGCCUAAAUGUGCAUGGGAAUAAGAUGAGUGGAACAAUUCCCUCANCUUUUCAAAGCUUGGAGAGUAUGACCUAUCUGUAAGUCUUACCUUGACUUUAUAUGCCAAAUUUUUCAUCUUGUCACCGUAAUUAGUUNUG